CGUCAUAUGGCAGGGAGCCCCAUUCGGGCAUGUAGUAGGAAUUACUUCCGAGUAAAAGCCCAAGUCUACGGCCGCGUACAAAAAAGGGACCAGCCGCCCGAGGCCAGGCGGAGACGAAGAGGUAAGCCUUUUUUCCCCUGCAGAUCAGACUCGACUUUUCAAAUUUUGAGAAGGGACGAAUAAACAUGAAUCUUUUUACCCACCUCAACACAAAUAAUAUGUUUUCUGCAACUAAUAUGUCUGGUCGCAAGUUUGAGGAUCAACUGAACUUAAGCAGUAAUUCCCCUUCGAUGUCAAUAAGUAAGCUUUUUCCAGCUUUGUUGCAAUGCUUUGGCAUUAUCCUUUGUGGAUACAUAGCUGGAAGAGUUAAUAUAAUUACAUCAACUCAGGCCAAAGGAUUAGGAAAUUUUGUCUCCCGCUUUGCACUCCCAGCUUUACUCUUCAAAAAUAUGGUCUUGCUGAAUUUUUCCAACGUGAAUUGGUCCUUUCUGUACAGCAUCCUGAUUGCCAAAGCCUCCGUAUUCUUCUUAGUCUGUGCAUUAACAUUGUUGAUAGUCACUCCUGAAAAACGCUUUAGCAAAGCUGGACUCUUUCCUAUCUUUGCUACUCAGAGCAACGACUUUGCACUGGGAUAUCCUAUAGUUGAAGCUUUGUAUCAAAAUACAUAUCCUGAGUAUCUCCAGUACAUUUACCUGGUUGCACCAAUAUCACUUAUGAUGCUAAAUCCCUUGGGGUUUAUUUUCUGUGAAAUCCAGAAAUCAAAAGACAAUCAGAAUCUCUCUCAUAGCAAAAUGAAGAUCAUAGGACUCGGGCUUCUUCACGUGUUGCAGAAUCCAAUUGUGUUUAUGGUCUUCAUAGGAAUUAUCUCUAAUUACAUCCUUAAACAAAAGGUUCCUGCAUAUUUGGAAAACUUCCUUGACAGUCUUGCCAAUUCAUUUUCUGGCUCGGCUCUUUUUUACCUGGGUCUCACCAUGGUUGGCCAAAUAAAGAAACUGACAAGGGGUACAUUCGUUGCACUGAUUCUUCUCAUCACAGCUAAACUGCUGUUGAUGCCCCUUCUAUGCAGGGAAAUGGUGGAAUUGUUAGACAAGAGCCAGAGUUUGAUCAACCAUACCAGUUUAUCCAACUAUGCAUUUCUCUAUGGAGUCUUUCCAACAGCUCCGGGUGUAGCUAUAUUUGCAACACAGUUUAACAUGGAAGUAGAAGUCAUAACUUCUGGAAUGGUGAUCAGUACUUUUGUGUCUGCCCCCAUCAUGUAUGUUUCUGCGUGGCUAUUGACCAUUCCCUCCAUGGAUCCAGACAGACUCUCAGCAGCAAUUCAGAACGUUAGUUUUGAUAUUAGCAUUGUUAGUCUGGUCUCUCUGAUCUGGUCCCUCGGGGUUAUUCUCUUGAGUAAAAAAUACAAGCAGCUUCCUCAUAUGCUUACAACUAACUUACUCAUUGCUCAGUGCGUGGCCUGUGUGGGCAUGGUAAUGUGGAAUUUCACCAUUGAGAAGAAAAGCAUCUUUGUGCAGAUUCUUGUCUUCAUUGUCCUGUACUGUUCCCUUUAUAGUGCUUUUCUGUGGACAGGCCUUUUAGCUCUUUCUCUCCUCCUUUUGAAAAGAAGGGAAAACCUAAAGAUUCCUGUUGGAAUUAUUACUAUAGCCGGCUGGGGCAUUCCAGUAGUCAUUGUUGGAAUUCUUCUAGUAGCUGGAAAACACACUGGUGAAAUUGACUCAGCAUUUUUUUAUGGUAAACAUCAGGUGAUCACUACUGCAGUAAUCGUAACAAUCAGCAUAUUGUUCUCAGGUGUGUCACUCAUGUGUAUGAACCGAUCUGGAACAGCAGGGACUAAUUAUGAGGUUCUAAACCAGCAACAUCAAGUAGAAGAAACCGAAAGGGAAGCGAAUCAACAUUAUAAAUCUUCCCCCAGUGUCUCUCAUUCUGAAACAGAUUCUCCUAUCGAAAGAGAGAACCUAGUAGAUUUCUACACAUGUCAAAAACAAAACGGAGAAUUAUGCUGCUCAGAAGAAGAAUCCGGAUCUACUGCUGGACUCAGUGAGAACUGUUCUUUCUCAGUUGAGACAGCAAACCAGUGUUUGAGUCCAUGCAGUUCUCAGAGGUGUGUCCUGGCUCAGGAAGAACAGCUUCUGCAAACAGGAGACCAACAGUUGGCCAGACAUGUGCUAUUGUGCCUGCUUCUCAUUGUGGGCCUUUUUGCUAACCUAUCAAGUUGCUUGUGGUGGUUAUUUAACCAAGAGCCUGGGAGACUCUAUGUGGAACUGCAGUUCUUCUGUGCUGUAUUUAAUUUUGGUCAGGGAUUCAUUUCUUUUGGAAUGUUUGGGUUAGACAAACAUCUAAUUAUUCUUCCAUUCAAAAGGAGGCUUGAAUUCCUUUGGGGUGCUAGAACUGUGGAACCGAGGGAAUCAUCUGUCCCGGAGGAGAUUCGGAUGACAUGCCAACAGUUUGUUAGUUACCACAGAGACGUGUGUGUGAGAAGCAUUGUCCAGGAUAGAAGGUGUGGCAGAAAGACUGUGACUGGACUCUUCUUCGGCUGUGAUCUGGUGAACUGGCUUUUGGAAGUUGGCCUUGCCUCGGACCGUGGGGAAGCUGUAGUGUAUGGAGAGAGGCUGGUGAAAGGCGGCAUCAUCCAACAUAUUACCAAUGACUUUGAAUUUCGGGAUGAGCGGUUGUAUUACCAUUUUACAGCUACGACAACCAUAAUACAGGACAACCGAGGGACUGAAGGCGCCCAUGGAAGCUAGCCAAGACCAGGCCCUCCUAUUCGUAUCUAAUGCACGCUGUUUGAAAUCCCUUUGCUUAUAAUGUGGCCAUGUUGAUCUCUAACCCAAAGAGAAUUAUGUCUUGCAAUCUGAAUGUUAACUAAAAUGAGUAGCUUCAGGGAAUUAUUUCAAAUUGUGAAAGGCGCGUAACAGGCCUUGUACUCAGUUUUAUUUUUUGAAACAAUUGUUUUUUUUUUUUUAAGAAAUAAUUUUCCAUCCUUGCCAGUACAGACAAUACUGUGGACAAAACAACUCAUUGUUAUCAUGUGAUGUGUUUUUUUUAAGGGAACAGUAGAUCAUUUUGGUGUACGCAAUUCUUAUUCUUGUUUAACGGCGAAAUUCUCUUAUUUGUACUGACAAAAUAACUGAAGAUUGAUGU